AUGAGUCCUGCAAUUAAACAAUUAGAUAUUGAAAGUUUGAUUGAGGAACUUACCGUCGAAGAAAAGCUUUCUUUAUUGGCUGGUAAAGAUUUUUGGCAUACAGUCCCCAUUGAUAGACUUGAUAUUCCAAGUAUUAGAGUUUCUGAUGGCCCAAAUGGUAUUAGAGGUACAAAAUUCUUUAAUAGUGUUCCUUCCAAUUGUUUCCCUUGUGGAACUGGUUUGGCUGCAACCUUCAAUAAAGAUUUAUUAGUUGAAGCUGGUGAAUUAAUGGCCAAAGAAGCUAGAAUGAAAGGUGCUCAUGUUAUUCUUGGUCCAACUUGUAACAUUGUUAGAUCUCCUUUGGGUGGUAGAGCUUUUGAAAGUUAUUCUGAAGAUCCUUUAUUAUCAGGACAUGCUGCAGGACAUAUUAUUAAAGGUAUUCAAAAUCAAAAGAUUGUUGCUUGUAUUAAACAUUUUGUUUGUAAUGAUCAAGAAGAUGAAAGAAAAGCUGUUAAUACCGUUAUAACUGAAAGAGCUUUAAGGGAAAUUUAUUUAAAACCAUUUCAUAUUGCUAUUCGUGAUUCAUAUCCAAAAGCUUUAAUGACAGCAUAUAAUAAAAUUAAUGGAGUUCACGUUUCUCAAUCAAAGAGAUUAUUACAAGAAGUUUUACGAGAUGAAUGGAAAUGGGAUGGUACAAUUAUGUCAGAUUGGCAUGGAGUUUACUCGGCCAAAGAAUCGUUAGAUGCAGGUUUGAAUUUGGAAAUGCCAGGUCCAACUAGAUUUAGACAACAAACUCCAACUCUUCAUUCAAUUCAAACUAAUGAAAUUCAUCGUGAUGUCAUAGAUGAUAAUGCUCGUUAUAUUUUGAAAUUAAUAAAUGAAGGUUUAAAAGCUGGAAUUCCAAAGGAAGUGGUAGAAUCUCCAAAUCCUACCAAGGAAGCUUCUGCUUUAUUAAGAAAAGCUGGUGACGAAUCAAUUGUUCUUUUAAAAAAUGAAAAUAAUAUUUUACCAUUAUCUAAAAAGGCAAUCCCAGGUCAAGAAAAGAUUGCCAUCAUUGGUCCAAAUGCUAAAGCUGCUCAAGAUUCAGGUGGUGGUUCAGCUUCCUUGAAUGCUGCUUAUAAAAUUACUCCUUUUGAAGGUAUUGAAACUAAGCUUAGAGAAGGUGGAAAUACCGUAUCUUUGGAUUAUUCUUUAGGAGCAUUUUUAGAUAGAAAUUUACCUGAUAUUGGUCAUAGUUUAAUCAAUGAAAGAGGUGACAAAGGUUUAUAUGCCAGAUUCUAUAAAGAACCACCUGAAGAUAAAGAACGUAAAAUCUUUGAAGAAUUCCCAUUAUCAACCUCAAGAAUUUUCCUUUCUGAUUUCAAGAGUAAAAACUUAGCUCCAGGUGAAUUAUUAUUUUACGCUGAUUUUACUGGUACUUUUAUUCCUGAUGAAACUGGUGAUUAUGAUUUUGGUGUUUCAUGUUUAGGUACUGCUCAACUUUUUGUUGAUGAUAAAUUAGUGGUUGAUAACAAAACCAAACAAACCAAAGGUGAUGCUUUCUUUUUAGGUGUUGGAACUAGAGAAGAAAGAGGUGUACUUCAUUUAGAAAAAGGUAAAGAAUAUGACAUUAGAGUUGAAUUUGGUUCAUCUCCAACUUUCACAUUAAACAAAGCUCCUCUUGAAGGUGGUGGUGUUUACUUUGGUGUUCGUAUUAAAACCACUGGUGAAGAACUUAUUGAAAAAGCUGUCAAAGUUGCUAAAGAGGCAGAUAAAGUAAUCUUAGUUGUUGGUAUUUCAAAGGAAUGGGAAUCUGAAGGAUUUGAUCGUCCAAAUAUGGAUAUUCCAGGUUAUACCAAUGAUCUUGUUUAUGCCAUCGCAAAAGCUAAUCCAAAUGUUAUUGUAGUUAAUCAAUCUGGUUCACCAGUUACUUUACCAUGGAUUAAAGAAAUUCCAGCCUUUGUUCAAGCUUGGUAUGGUGGUAAUGAAUUAGGUAAUACUAUUGCAGAUGUACUUUUUGGUGAUUAUAAUCCUAAUGGUAAAUUAUCUAUGACUUUCCCAGAAAGAAUAGAAGAUGUUCCUUCCUUCUUAAAUUUUGGUUCAACUAAUGGACAAGUUAUUUAUGGGGAAGAUGUCUUUGUUGGCUAUCGUUAUUAUGAAAAGGUUAAAAGAACACCAUUAUUCCCAUUUGGAUUUGGAUUAUCUUAUUCCACGUUUGAAAUCAAGGAUUUAGUGUUAACUUCAAAUGAUGAAAGCAUCACAGCUUCAGUUAAAGUUAAAAAUACUGGUAAGGUUGAAGGUGCAGAAACUGUUCAAUUAUAUGUUCAACAAGUUGAUCCUAGUGUUAACAGACCUAUUAAAGAAUUAAAGGAUUUUGGUAAAGUUUUCUUAAAACCAGGUGAAACUAAGUCAAUUAAGCUUACCGUAUCUAUCAAAGAAGCUACUUCAUUCUGGAAUGGAUAUAAAAAUAAAUGGCAAUCUGAUAGUGGUAAAUAUAAAGUUCUUAUUGGUAACAGUUCUGAUAAUAUUACUCUUGAAGAUGAAUUUGAAACUAAAAAGACCUUCUCUUGGCUUGGUUUAUAA